AUGGCUAUCUUCCUAAAUUUAUCCAACGAGCUGAUACUUGCCUUGGCGUCAUAUCUGCAGGACUCAAAGGACAUCGCCUCUCUCUUAUCUGUCAACAGGCGACUCCAUCAACUUCUAGCUUUACAACUUUUCAAACACGAUGCCAGGCAACCCAAUGGCUCUUUUGCACUGCCGUGGGCUGCGAAAAAUGGUCGUAUCGAAACACUACAGCUUGCCAUCUCGGCAGGAGCUAAGCCUCCUAAGAAUACUGCAAUUCUUGUGUCAGCAGCGGAGGGCGGUCACACCAAAGUCGUCGAAGCUCUACUAGAUUUGCCUGGUAUUAGGGUAGAGGACGAAGACGAAGAGUACCAAACGGCGCUUGGAGUCGCUGCGAAAGGGGGGCAUGCCCAGAUUGUGGCGGCCCUUCUGGAUAAAGGGGCAAAUAUAGCAGUGCCCUCUGAAGUUGACAUGUCACCGCUCGACUGGGCAGCAUACAGUGGCAGUGUCGAGGUCAUCAAGAUUCUGUUGGCUCAUGGAGCCGACGUCAAUAAGGGUUGCACGAUACUGCGACCGCCCUUGUUUUGGGCAGCACAAGCUGGUCAAGAUGAUGCCGUCAGGUUUCUACUCGAUCACGGAGCCUCGAUGACAUUUCGGACGGUAAAUAACUGGCAAGCGAUACAGGAAGCCGCCAAGUCAGGGCACGCCAACGUCAUCAAGACACUCAUCGAGCAUGGAGCUGAUCCCCUCGGCGAUUAUUCAAAUGGCUGCACACCAUUGUGCUUGGCAGCGGAAAAUUGUCACUUGGAGGCGGUGAAAAUGCUCCUAGAUAAAGGGGGUGCUGCUCAGCUGACUGGCGAGAGCGGCUCAAGAGUAUUACGAGCCGCCGCUGCCGGCGGUGAUACAGAGGUGGCAGAGCUACUUCUUCUUCAGGGAGUAGAUGUUACGCUGAUGAGUGAUGGGUUCACGGCACUACACUCGGCGGUGAAUUUAAGUCAGUUGGACAUGGCCAAGCUGUUACUCGCGCGUGGCGCUGAGAUUGACGUCAGUGGGCAGAUGGGGUGGACGGCGUUGCAUUAUGCAGCUGAUAAUGGAGAUGUCGAGACAGUCAAGAUGUUGCUUUCCAAGAACGCGGAUGCUACUGUUGUCACUGAAGCUGGUGAAAGUGCCUUGCAACUUGCCGUUGCUGGAGAUAACAUAGAUGCUGCGAGAAUUCUGCUUGCCAAUGGCAACAACGAGAUAUUGCAGUCGCGAGAUCAUGAAGGUCAAACCGCCUUGCAUAAUGCUGCAGAGCAGGGAUACGAAUCAGUAAUCGAACUUCUUCUUGAUCAUGGUGCAAAUCCAACCAUCAAGGACUUAUCUGGUGAUACUGCCUUGCACCUAGCAGCAUAUCACCGCCAGCUAGGAGCAGUUCAGGCACUACUCAAGGCAAAGUCAAUUGACGUUGAUGCGAAAAAUGACAACGGCAGAUCAGCCCUCUUUCUGGCCGCAGCGAAAGGACAUACAGAUAUAUUCAUCCUGUUACUUUCUCAUCAUGCCAAUCCCGAGACCAAGGAUAGCUACCAGUGCAGUGUUCUACUUGCCGCAGUGCGAAACAACAGCUGCAGGAUUAUUGCACACUUGCUGUUUAACAAGCUGGUUGAAACUCCUAGCGCCUUUUCUGCGAUAGAUUUCUUCGGACGGACGCCCAUGUGGUGGGCAAAAUCCAUUGGGAUUCCAGGCCUAAUUGCAGAUCUAACAGAUCACGGCGAUUCCGAGGAUAUAACCGCAUUGCCGAGCCUAGUAGAGUUCCGUGGCUCAACUACUAACGGAGACCGGGAUGCCCACUGUUGCAGUGUCUGUACGAGGUGCACUAUUCGGGAUACAACUUUGCUGUGGUGCACGAGGUGUGACGGAAGACGGUACUUUAUAUGUGUUGACUGUCAGGACGCUGGUGUGACGAAAUGUCGUCACAGGACGCAUCGUUUGCGAGAACAUUUGUGCGAAGAAUAUGAGUGA